AUGUUGAAGUCAAAAGAACUUGUUGUCCUGAUUAUCAAUCUACUUUGUAUAGCAACAGCAGUCAAAGGAGACCAAUGUUCCAAAACAAAAUACACUGUAUCAAAAUGUUAUAAUAAUCAAGAGUAUCAGUGGUUAAUUGAACUACCGAAAAAUAAAACAUCGUGUAAAGGUAAAUCAGUGGCUCCACCCAAAGCUGUUGUGUGCAAUUUUGCUUGUCCAAAAGGGAAAACAUUUGAUGCAAAUACACUUGAUUGUCAAAGUUGUCCAGCAGGAACAUUUUCCCUUGGUGGUGGUCAACAACAUACAUUUAAUGGAGCCAAUGAUCUUGAAUCAUUACCACUGGAUCUCUCAGUUGAAACAACAUCAUUGGUAUCACAAUAUAAUCUUGAGUGUAAAAAGAACCGACCUUGGCACAUCACAGGAAAUAUGCUUCAAAUUGAUGUGCAACCCAAUUGUGUUACUAAACUUUCAUUUCGAGUUAAACUUGAACGAGCUGGAUCAAUUACCAUAACAUAUAAUUUAGCUACUUCGUUCGUUUAUGGAACUAUCUCAUCACGAUGUGACUUUACUAUGAAACAAAAUGGCGAUAAUAAUAACGACGAUGAUAAUAUAGAUGAAAGUGAUUCAAAAGGACGUAUUAUUUUUACUUUAUAUCCAACCGGUUAUGGUGCUUGGUUGAACAAAAAAAUGAUGAUUCCAGAAGAAGGAGAGUAUACAAUUACAUUGUACACUGCUAGUUUUAAUACAUUCCAUUUUCCAUUUGCAAUUCGAUCAAUCAUUGUCGAUGGAACUUCAUUGAUUCAAGAGUGCAUUCCAUGUCCAACAGGUACAUAUGCUUCAAACGAUGGUUCAGAUUCUUGUAAACCAUGCGCAAUAAAUACCUAUGCUGACAGUGAAAGUUCUACUGAAUGUCUUCCCUGUGAAGAUGCGACACAAUAUUCAGAUGAGGGAUCAUCAAAAUGUUUACCAAGACCUAUCUGUGAAGCGAAACACUAUCGAAAAGUAUUCAUCGGAUGUGAUAAAUCCAAUAUGGCAACAGUUAAAUAUGAACCUAUUCAACCAAAAAUUUGUAUGAAAGGUGAUCCUCCUAUAGAAACGAAACAGUCGUCUUGUGGAACAUGCAAUCCUGGUAUGUAUAAAAAAACAGAUGGUGAUCAUUGUGAUUUUUGUCCACUGCAAACUUAUUCAAAUGGAACUUUAAACGCAUGCCUACCAUGUGAAAAUAAGCUUUCUCUUUUACCUGGUUUGUACUAUAAAAUUUGGAAUGAACUACCACCUUAUCUCAAUAGAAGUUAUAUGUCGUUCGAUGAAACUAAAGAUUUAAAUCGAUUGGAUCCUCGUCAAAGUUGGAUUCCAAGUAUAGAUUAUAUAUCAUCGCAAGCACUUCCUGAUAUGAUAUCUGUAUUGAGUUUAACUAUUUCUAAAGGUUUUCGUCAAACAACAACAACGAAAUCGGUUAAAGACUUCGGAAUAUUAUUUUUUAAAUUUUCAAUACAGUGUCAAUCUUCAUGUACAUUUUUCUUAGUUUCUCAGGAUCUAGAUGAUGAUGAUUUUGGUUGGGAAAUUAUUGAAAAAUGGAAUAUAAAAAAAAAAUCUGAACAUAAAGAUAUGGUGAACUAUACAUAUUCAAUUCAAAAUCCUAGUGAAAUUAUGUUUAAUUGGCUGUUUACAUCCGAUGAUGUACGUGACGAAAUUGAUGAAGUUCGUAUUUAUGAAAUUAGUGUUACGAAUACAGAAGUUGGUGGAUCUGAUCAAUGUGUUAGUUGUUUAACAACUAAUAAUCAAGUAACGGAAUGCCAAUCAUGUACGUCUGGACAUAUUUUGUCAAAUAAUACAUGCAUUCACUGUCCAAAAUUAACAAUAGCUAGUCGCGUCCGAUCCAAUGACCCAAUUCCAACAAUAUGUGAACCAUGUGCAAAGAAUACAGUAACAGAUGAUGGUGUUUCAUGCUAUGUACCAUGUAAACAAACAUUUGAUGGAAAUGUCGAAUAUGAUUUAAAUCCAAUAUCGACUAUUGCAUUUCAUGGUUCAAAAUUAUUUACACAGAAAGGUAGUGGCUAUUUUCAUGUAUUCAAUACAAGUAUUUGUGGUCAAACUAGUGUUACUUGUGUCAAAACAGCAUCAUCAGAUGAAUCAAAACGUUCAAAAUUUCAAAUGAAAAUCGACUCGAAAUUAUGCCGCAUUGGUACUGUCCCAGAUCAAAAUGAUAAUAAAACAUCUGUAGCUUAUAUUGAUGAUUUUGGUGAAGAAUUAUUAAAUGUAUCAUUAUCGACAUCAAAAUUUUUUCCAGCACUUCGUUCUGAUUAUAAUUUAUCUGAUAUAAUACUUGUUUAUCGAGCUAAUUCAUCAAGUUCUCAAUCGAGUUGUUCUGAACGUAUUACAUAUUUAUCAUUACGUUGUGAUCAUCUAUUUGAUGAUGAUAAUCUUAAUUCAACAAUAAAAUAUGAAUUACAAACGCCAAAUGAAUGUGUAACAGGUACAUGUGAUGGAUGUACAUUUCAUUUUCUUUUACGCACACCAUCUGCUUGUCCAACAUGUGACGAAAAUAAAAAUGGAUAUCGUGCAUUUCUUGGCCCAUGUAAAUUUGGUCGACAAGAAGUACGAAAAAUACCAUACCCAUAUUGUUCACAUAGUUUAACUGAAAAAGUUGAAACUCAUCCAUGCUCUAUCUUAUCACUUGAAAUUAAAAUAAUUAUAGGUUUAUUUAUUAUAAUAGCAAGUGCACUUACAGCAAUCGUUAUUAUGUGUUGGCGAAAAAAUCGAAAACUAGAAUAUCGUUACAUGCAAUUAAUUGAAAAUACGAAUCCUGAUGACGAUGCACCAAUUGAUAAUGUUUGCGCGCAAAUUAGUGAUGAAGAAGACUCAAGUGAGGAAGUGCAAUUUAAAACACAAUCACGAGCCAAGAAGAUUAUGAAUGUUGUUCGAAAAGCUAUCAGAAAAAAUCCAGGGAAUGGACAAUCUGAACCAUUUGGUGAUGAUGGAUUUUUAUUGGCAAGUACAUCAACAAAUGAGGCAUGA